AUGGUAACAAGGCACGAGCCUACUGCAGAGAAAUGGGGCGACGUGAGCCCCGAGGAAGUGCGGGAUCGUGUACUGGAGUACUUCCAAGCGUCCUCCUCGCUCUCGUUCGCCGCCAACGGCCAAGAGUUCACCGAUUUGGACCUGGACGAACUGCACACACGGGCGGGAGACUAUGUGAGCGUGGCGAUGACAACAGCCUUCGUCGAAAAUGCGAAGCUUACCUUGGGGCUGGCGGGCGUAAGGACGAGCAACCACAUGUGGCUUCACUUCGCCGACAGCAUCAAACCACACGGUANACUCUGCGUGCUUGAAACCAACCAAACGUUUUUUCCCCCAACCGCACCCAACGAUUUGUUCACCCUUCCGUUAUCGUUCGGUCUCACAAGCUUGCUGAGUGUCGAAAAUGCGAAGCUUACCUUGGGGCGGGCGGGCGUAAGGACGAGCAACCACAUGUGGCUUCACUUCGCCGACAGCAUCAAACCACACGGUAAGGAGAUUCAACGAUAUAUAUUGGGAUGUUACCAUUGA